AUGGUUUUUCCUUCAAUCUAUGCUAAACUAAUGCUCCCAAAACUCUUCAUUAACACCCUCUCUCUCCUAUGUUUUCUAAGAACUUUUAUCCAAGCAUCCUUCAGGCAGUUGGGUUUCCCCUACGUUCUCGUGCCCCGUAUAUAUUGGCCCAGCAACAAACCCGAAUUCAGGCCCAUAUCGGCCUCUAUAAUCCAGGAUAUGAUUGGGCCCGGGCUCGGGUCCAAUAUACCCGAGCAGUGUGUCAUUUGCAUGCUUGAGUUCAGAGACAAUGUGGAGAUCAGAAGACUGACAACCUGCAGGCAUAUAUUUCAUAGGGGGUGUUUGGACCGAUGGAUGGAACAUGAUCAGAUUACUUGCCCUCUAUGUAGGACACCCUUCGUACCUGAUGAAUUAAUGGCGGUUUUACAUGGGAAGCCUUGGACAGCUGCAACUUCUGCCAUUCCUGAAUUUGGUGGCGAGUUCUGUUUGAUCAACAACAUGUUGUAG